GUUAAUUAGGCUCAAAGUGGAUUGAAGGAGAAACCCCCCAAAAGCCCAAAAUUCGGAGCGGUGAAGCGCCAAACCCUAAGUCGGAGCGUUGGUGCUAACUGCUAACGCCUAGUGCUAUUGAUUUUGCAUCUAAUUUUGAAAGUGCGGUAAGUGUAAUGGAAGAAGGUGAACCAGAAUCGAAGAAAGACGUUGAGGUAGCUCCGGCGCUCAUCGCGGUUCACCCGAACCAAGACUCCGUCGCCGUGGCGGUUGGACCGGAGCUCCGUGUGUUCGACCUCCAUGGUGGUUGUGCAGCUUCUUUAACAGAUGAUUCUAUUGGUGAGCCAUUUCAUAAGGAUAAUAUUAGAGCUAUUGAGUUUGGUGCAAAUGGAAAACUCUUCGUAUCCGCCGGUGAUGAUAAAACCGUUAAGAUAUGGUCACCACAAUCUUGGCGCUGCAUCUGUACCGUGUCUUCGGAAAAGAGAGUCACUGCGGUUGCCAUAAGCAAUGAUGGAUCUCAUGUGUGUUUCGCUGAUAAAUUUGGCCUUGUUUGGGUUGUUGAUCUCAAUCAUGCAGUAGCUUGUAACAAACCAACACCGCUUCUUUCUCACUAUUGCAGUAUCAUAACUAGCUUGGAGUUUUCUCCAGAUGGUCGGUUUAUUUUAAGUGCCGAUAGGGAUUUUAAAAUUCGUGUUACUAAUUUUCCCGACAAGCCCUUGAAUGGAGCUCAUCAGAUACAAAGUUUCUGUCUUGGACACACAGAGUUUGUCUCCUGCCUUGGCUUCCUUCAUGUUCAAGAAUGCCCUCAAGACCUUCUUCUCUCUGGCAGUGGUGAUUCAACAGUGCGAUUGUGGGAUAUCUCCUCCGGAGCACUCCUAGAUACUUGUGAGGUUGCAAUUAAGGCAGGGCUUUUAGAGUCUAAUGGUAAAGCAGAGGAGCAUGGCCAUGCUGUUACUGAUUUAUGCACCACCCUGGAUGGUUUGCUUGUUGCAGUGGCCAUUCAGAGCUUGCAAGGAAUAGUAUUGUUGAGUUGCAAUGUUUCUGCACAAACACUUUCUGUUGCCAAGGUGGUUUCUAUUGCAGGAGAGGCCUUUAUCCCUACCUGCCUGGGGAACAUCCCGUCUACUGGGAAAUUGUGGAUGGUUACAGGUGUCUCUAAUUUACCUGGUUGUAGUUACCCCUCUUUGGCCCGUGUCCGAGUAAUUUCUGGUAUUGAUGUUGAGCAAGAGCCAGUUGUCCUGGGAGAUGAUGAGAUACCUGGGGGAGAAAAGCUGCGAGAAACGUUGCAAGGAACUGCAUCCGUUGACGACAAUACAUUUUUGGCUGCAGCUGAAGCUGUGAAAACAGCAAUGUGCAACCUAUUAAUAAAAAAGCAAUACCCCGCAGAGAACAGAGAAUCUAGGAAGAAAACCAGAAAUGAUAGAAAACUCAAAGGGUAGCAAUUUUUUUCCUUCAAUUUUUUGUUUUUAUUAAUAUAUGUAACAGCCAAGCUUGGUUUCCUUGAUCAGUAUUUCCCAAAGACUAUAUUCUUGAUUUCUUGUGACCCUUUUUUUUUAUUUUCUGAUAAACUGAGUAUCUGAAAAUAUUAAAACCAGAUUGCCAUCAAUUUUGUGGUCGGCGUUUUUGAA